AUGAGAUUCACCACCGCCGUCGUCUCCCUCCUUGCGGGCAGCGCAUUCGCCGCCCCCACGGACAUGUCCGCCGACAUCAAGGCCGACACGGCUUCCGACAUGUCCGUAGAUACCGCCGCUGCCCUUUCACACAUGCGCCUGGCCGACAUGUUCAGCGACCGCCAGCUGGCCGUGCUCAAGGUCCUCUCCGAGCACAAGCAUGAGCUCGGCCUGAACGGCAAGGAGGCCGAGAUGAUGGAGACCUUUAUGGGGGCGCUGCACGAGACGGUGCACCUCAACGACAGCGACAAGAGACAGGUUGCCACUCCUGCAGUUCUUCCAAGCAUCACCAAUGCUGCUCAUGCUGCCGGCAGUGCCACCAACACGGUGACGGGCCCGCUGGGGAGUCUUGGGAGUGUGAUUGAUCCGCUCAACACCACCAAUGCUAAUGGUACCACUGCUGCACUCGGCACUACCGCCGGAACCAUAGCUAAUGCCACCACGGGGGGUCUCACGGGCUCGAUUUCGCCGUUGGAUAUUCUUAAGAGCAUUCCGGCGUUGGCGAGUCUGUUGGGCCAGGUCCCCGGCCUUGGAGGGGCUACGAGCGGACUGACGGGCGGCACAAGCGGAUUGGGAGGACUCACAGGCGGACUCGGUGGGUUGACUGGUGGUCUUGGAGGGUUGACGGGAGGUCUUGGAGGACUGACGGGAGGUUUGGGUGGCCUUGGUGGGUUGGGACUUUUUGGCCGUGGACUUCUCGGCGGUAUUCUCAUUCCUGGGAUCUUGUAA